GUUUACAUGUGAUUUUGAGUUCCUAGUUUGCUGCUGUUCUAUGUAACUAACUUUUUGUUGUCAUUUUCAGCUCUGCCUGCAACCUCUCUCUUUCCCUUCCUUUAUUUCAUGGUAAGGGAUUUCAACGUUGCAAAAGAAGAAGCUGAUAUAAGUUAUUACGCUGGUUAUGUUGGAUCUUCGUUCAUGCUUGGAAGAUGUUUGACGUCUGUACUAUGGGGAAUGGUUUCAGAUCGCUAUGGUCGAAAACCUGUUAUAAUCAUGGGAAUCAUUGCAGUUGUCAUUUUCAACACAUUAUUUGGCCUCAGUACGGGUUUUUGGAUGGCUAUUAUCACGAGAUUUCUUCUCGGAAGUUUAAAUGGCGUGCUUGGACCAGUUAAGGCCUAUGCUUCUGAACUUUUUCGAGAAGAGCACCAAGCUAGAGGACUUUCUACCGUUAGUGCAGCUUGGGGUGUAGGCUUAAUUGUUGGCCCAGCAAUAGGAGGCUAUUUGGCUCAGCCAGUAGAAAAGUACCCACAAAUUUUUCCAAAGGAUUCCUUUUGGGACAAGUUCCCAUACUUCUUGCCCUGCUUUAUAAUAUCAGUACUUGCAUUUACAGUAGUAAUUGCCUGCAUCUGGAUUCCGGAAACACUUCACAAUCACAAUGGUAGCGAAGAAUCCAAAGGUGAUGCGGAAGCUUUAGAAAAUGGAAGCAGUAAAGAAAGAACAGUCCAAAAGAAUGAAAACCUCUUCAUGAAUUGGCCUUUAAUGUCAUCUAUCAUUGCUUAUUCUGUCUUCUCACUUCAUGAUAUUGCUUAUCAUGAGGUUUUCUCGUUAUGGGCUACUAGUCCUCUGAAGCUAGGGGGUUUAAACUUUACAACGGAUGAUGUUGGUGAUGUUCUUAUAAUUUCAGGAGUUGCACUUUGCAUUUACCAAUUUUUCAUAUACCCUUCUGUUGAGAAAGCUUGUGGACCAAUUGGCUUUGCGCGAAUCACAGCGAUUUUUUCUAUGCCACUUUUGCAAAGUUACCCCUUCAUAGCAAUGUUGUCUGGCAUAACCUUAUACAUUGUGAUUAGUAUUGCUUCCAUCCUCAAGAAUAUUAUGUCUGAGACGAUUCAAACAGGUUUAUUCCUAAUACAAAACCGAGUAGUGGAACAACAUCAAAGAGGAGCAGCUAAUGGAAUUGCUAUGACAUCAAUGUCUCUAUUCAAAGCUAUUGGACCUGCUGCAGGUGGUACAAUAUUAACUUGGUCACAAAAGCGUAUGGAUGCUUCUUUCCUACCUGGAACUCAAAUGGUGUUUUUCUUCCUUAAUUUAGUUGAAGGACUUGGAAUACUUUUGAUGUUUAAACCAUUCCUCGGUGAAAAGAAGAAAACAAACUCAGACGAGUUACAAUGAUAUUAUACAUUGAUAAUGUCUUUUUUUUUUUUUUUUGGUUACAUACAUUGAUAAUGUCUGAAAACAUACAUUUUUAUUAUGUAUGUAAGAGAAUAUGUAUAUUAAUAUGCUGUCAUAAGGACCUCUAUUGAAAAAGAAGAAGGUUAUGUAGUAAGAAUUUUUUAA